AAUUAUUGUUUUCUCUCUUUGUAUACAUCAAAAAUCAAAAUUCUCAUCCAUUAUAUUUAUCUACAAAUUCUUUCAAUUAUCACCAACAAAAAUUAUUUGGAAUUUUGAAUUCUUCACUUCACUUCACUUGACUACUGUGUCCUGGAAUAAAAAGAAAUGUUUACAUUCGCUCAGUAUGUUUUUGGCGUAGGAAGAUCACUUGAAAAUUCUAAUAAUUCUAACGACAACGAAAAUAAUCAAACACUUGAAAAUUCAACGGCUUUAUCAUUACAACAACAAUCGAAUAAUAAUAAUAACAAUUGUAAUAAUAAACAACUAGAAAAUCCAUCGACAACAUUAUCAUCAACAACAUCAUCAUCAUCAUCUGGUUGUUAUGAAAAUGAUUCCGAAUCAAAUUGUUCAUUGACCAAUAUUGAAAAUGAUUGGAUUCUUAUUGAUCAUGCUAAAGCAAAGAAUAAGAAUCAAGAAAAAAAGGUAAAAUCAAAACUGCCCAAUAUAACUAUUGCAUCAAAUAGCAAUAAUAAAAAUCCUACUGCCAUAAAAACGUUAAAAAACAAUAAGAAUGAAAAAUGGUUAGUUGAUCCACCGGAAUGUUUUAAACCAGGUAAACGUAAAAAUCAUCAUGAAAAAUCAAUAGCUAAUGAUAAUGAUAAUGAUGAUGAUGAUGAAAAGACCGAAGAAAUGGAAAACCUAUUGAUUGAACAUCCAUCGAUGAGUGUUUUUGAUGAUUUGUUUGUUAAAAAACCUAAUCCGAUUACAUUGGCUACUGUUCAACGACCAUCAUGUUCAAUCGUUAAUUCGGCCACAAUCAAGCAAUCAUUGUCAUCAAUGAAUAAAGCUGAACAACGAAAAAUUAUUCUGGCUAGAAUUCAACAAUCAUUGAAAAACAAUAAAGAAAAUGGUGGCAACAACAAUAAUAAAAAAUCUAAAUCGAAUGGUACAGGUUCAUCAUCAUCAUCGCAAACAUUGAACAAUGUUCCAUUGGCCCAAUUGAAUGGAAACAAUAAUAAAGCAUUGAUUGCAACAAUAAUCGAUUCAAAUGAUAAAAAUGAUUAUCGAAAGAAUAAAAAACAGAUUACUAAAAAACAAUAUCAACGACAGAAUAAAAACAUACAACAACGAAAUGGCCCGAUCAUAAGACAGAAAAAAAUGUUUACCCAUAUCAAUGGUAUCUAUCAUAAUCGAAAUAAUUGUUAAUUAAAACAAUUGAAAAAAAAAA